AUGGCUCACAGGAGAAUAAAUGCAGGCAGAGGCAUCUCUCUCUCUCUCUCUUUAUCUCUCUCAUGGCGACCAUCUUCUCACCCUCGGCCAUUCUCUUCUCUGCUUCGCCAAAACCAACACCAAAUCCCCCUCCUCCCAAGCAAGCCAUCCUGCAGCUACCUCCUAAAUACACUACGAUUUCGAAAUCUUCUUCUGCUAUUGCCCAUACUGCAAUGACUGCAGCAGCGGCCGCCGCCGCAGUUUCUGUUCUUAUCUCCACUCCGGCGUUCCCAUCCCUAGCUGAGGAGCCAUCCACAUCCUAUCGUGUUUACUAUGGAACAGCUGCUAGUGCAGCCAACUAUGGUGGCUAUGGUGGCAAUUCCAACAAGAAGGACUCCGCUGAAUAUGUCUACGAGGUACCUGAUGGCUGGAAAGAACGCCUCAUCUCAAAGAUUGCUAAAGGAACUAAUGGUACUGACAGUGAGUUUUACAACCCCAAAAAGAAGACGGAGAAGGAGUACCUCACCUUUCUAUCUGGGUUCCGGCAGCUCGCGCCACGAGACACAGUGCUCAACAAUCUCGCACUGUCUGAUGUUGACCUCCAGGAUCUGAUAUCAACAGCAGAUAGCGUUAGGUCAGAGGAGAAGAAGGAUGACAAGGGUCAGGUAUACUAUGUGUAUGAGAUCGAAGGCACCGGCGGACACAGUUUGAUUUCCGUCACCUGUGCAAAAAACAAGCUGUAUGCUCACUUCGUCAAUGCGCCGACACCUGAAUGGAACAGAGAUAAGGAAAUUUUGAUGCAUGUUCACGAGUCCUUUAGGACUGUUGGAUCGACAUAAUAGCAAUCAUGUGUUUUUGUCUCCGGAGAAGAUGAAAUUAGAUAUACAUAUGAAUGUAUGCAUGUAUGUACAUGUAUAUUGUUUGGCAGCAUCACAAUUUUUUUCUGCUGAUCUAACCAAAUUAUUUCUGUG